CUCACACGCGCAAAUAUGACCGGGUCAGCUUCCUUCCCACCCAUCAUCAUCACAAAAUUCGGGACCUCCGGGGGCCCUGCUCAGCCAGCCCGGAGGUGCCAGGGCAGGCACCCGCUUGUCGCUGCCCAGGAGGCUCGGAAGGCCGCGCACGGCACAGGGGACACAGCAGAGGGCACAGGGCACGGUAGGAAGGGACACAGCAGAGGGCACAGGGCACAGGGCACAGGUCUCAGGGCACAGCGCUGCGCGGCGCUGCCGUGCGGCGCCGGCCGGGUUCGCCCCGCCCCGCGGGCGGGCGCACGGGCGGGGCCGCGGGCAUCAUGGCGGCGGUGGCGGUGGUGUCAACGGGCCGGGCCGGGCGGGCGCCGGAGGAGGCGGAGGCUUAGCGGGCUCGGCAUGGCCCCGGCCCGGCUGUCGCUGCUGCCCCUGCUGCUGCUGCUGGGGGUCGCGGCCUGCGCCUGGGGGCCGGCGCGGGGCCAGGAGGCGCCGCAGACCGCGGACUGGCGGAUGACGCUGAAGACGAUCCGCAAUGGCGUGCACAAGAUUGACACGUACCUGAACGCGGCCCUCGACCUGCUGGGCGGCGAGGACGGGCUCUGCCAGUACAAGUGCGGCGACGGAUCAAGGCCUGUUCCUCGCUGUGGAUAUAAACCAUCACCACCAAAUGGCUGUGGAUCCCCUGUAUUUGGAGUUCAGUUUGACAUCGGUAUCCCUUCAAUGACAAGGUGCUGCAAUCACCACGACAGAUGCUAUGAUACUUGUGGCAAUAAAAAAAAUGAUUGCGAUGAGCAAUUUCAGACCUGCCUCUCAAAAAUUUGCAGAGAUUUGCAGAAAACCCUCGGAAUCUCAGAGAGUGUCCAGGCUUGUGAAUCAACGGUUCAGCUGCUGUUUGAUGCAGUUAUACAUUUAGGAUGCAAACCAUACCUGGACAGCCAGAGAGCUGCUUGUGUGUGUCGUUACGAAGGCAAGACAGAUCUCUGAAAGAAGACACUGACAUCUCAUGGUGUAGAAUAAAGCCGAAGAUUCAGCCAAAGUGAAGCAAGGCUUUGGUGUAACAAACCUUUACACUUUUCAGACAGUAAUAUAUCAAACACUGAUCUCAGUGAAUUGACUGAUUUGAAGGUCACUACGAUGUUCUUAUUAAUGUAGAAAAGAAACAAGUCAUCCUUCUCUCCAUUUUAUGCCAGAAGCUUGGGAAUUGCAAUUGCUGUCCUUUGGUGUAUGUUCACCUAGGGUGUGCUGUUGUAAAGUACUGGUGCCAUUUCAAUGUUCCCGAGAAAACUCCAUAGUGGGGAUAUCAGAGGCACCAAAGAGUUACAUUGACUUCUCAGGUGAUUUUUAAUACAGGUCAGAUUGUAGGUUUAGUAGCAGUUGAAGCAUCUGAUGGGUUCAACAGGAAAGAAUGUAUUAUGUGUAUCAAUAUAAGACAUCUUACAUAGCCUGUACUUGCGUGUUUCUGCUGCAAUUGCCUUCAGUUCUCUCAUGUAUGUGGUCCUGCAGGUUUGUUGUUAAAAAAGCUAGGAAAAUGUCCCAAGCCAGUGUAUAUGCACUACAUAUUUAUACCUGAUUCUAUAUCAGUGCCUUACUUCUGCAUCACUUUUCAGAUCAAAUAUGUUAAUCUUUUAAGGCUGUCCAGUAAAAUGAACAGUUAGCAGCCUAAGGAUAUACUUUUGAUUUGACAGAAUGAUGAAAUGUGAUUUCUAUGUUAUUUUUUAAAAAUUCAUCAAAUGUUUGUUUUGAAUAAAACAUUUUGUGUUGUGUAUUGUAUGCACAAAAAGGA